AUGGGGGACAAGAAGCAAGAGACGCGUCGCAAACGUGUUUUUAUAAGCGACGUCGACAGGUAUUCCUCCAAGAACAUCGCCAAGUUCUUAUCGACAUGCGACAACUCAGAAGAUGCCGAAGCAGAGGAGACUUCGGCCUCCCCCCGAGGGGAACCUGCUUUCCACAUAGUGGGAACAGUAUCUUCUUUCUCCAAAGACGAGAAGGCGAGCUUUCUGCUGGAACAAUAUGCGUCACCCACUCGAGAAGAGCUUCUUGAGCGCCUGCUGGAGUGUGACGUGGUGGUGUACAACAUCUCAGAAAACGCUACACAACAGCAGAUUGAAGAGGCAACGUGGGCAAUCACAGCCCUUCAUGCUGAGCUGGAAAGCUUCAAGUCUCGGAAAAUGUUCAUCUUAGUCUCAACAGUGAUGACCUGGGCCAUGACCAAGCCACAGAAUCCGGAGCAAACAGAUGUUCUGCUAAGAGAGGAAGAGUUCAGAAGAAGAAGGCCUCAUCCCAGUUUCAAAAACCACAACAAUCUGGAGAAACUUGUGCUCAAAUUAGGUAAAGGGAAAAAGUCCAAACUGACCGGUUAUGUUGUAGCUAGUGGUCUUCAGUACGGAAAGGGGGAGAACAUCUUUCACUACUUUUUCAAGGUCUCUUGGCUGAUGCAGUUUCCAAAAGUUCCUGUAUUUGGACAGGGCACAAAUCACGUCCCUGUGAUUCACGUAUAUGACCUUGCUGGAGUGAUCCAAAACAUCAUUGAACUCAGGCCUAAGUCAAGGUACAUCCUUGCUGUCGAUGAUUCCAAGAACACUUUGGAGGACAUUGUAAAGAUGAUGAGUGAAACACUUGGGCCAGGAAAAAUUAACAAAGUACCAGAAGAGGAAGCCAUCGCCCUGAGGGCUUUCAAGCCAGAGGAGCUGGAGUACCUGAGUAUCGACCUCCGCCUGGACGCUUUUAUCAUAAAGGACUCCUUCAGCCUCCGAUGGACGUCUGAAUCUGGGAUGGUCGAGAACAUGGAGAGCAUUCUGGAGGAAUACAAAGACACCAGGCAGCUACUUCCCAUCAGAAUCUGUCUGGUUGGACCUCCAUCUGUGGGUAAAACCUCUGUUUCAGAGAAGCUCUGCAACCAUUACCAGAUACACCACAUCAAGAUCAAAGAGGUCAUAGAGGAAAAGAUUACACAGCUGAAGGAGAUGGUAAAUGGAGAAGACCCUGAAUAUGUCAGUGAGGAGGCAGCAGCUGCUGCACAAACACAACUGCAUGAUAUUAACAAAAGCAUGGAAAUGAACGCAGGUCGACUGGCUGACCGUCUGGUUUUUGACAUUUUGCAAGAAAAGCUGAAUUCUAUGCCAUGUAGGAACCAAGGAUUUGUUCUUGAUGGCUUCCCAAAGACCUACGAGCAAGCAAAGAUGAUUUUCACAGAUGAGGACACAGAGAACCAGGAUUUGAUGGUUAAGACACCUGCGUACAACGAGAAGAUCACUCCAGAGCACGUUAUUGCCUUGGAAGCGACUGAUGAUUUCCUGACACACAGGGUGCAAGCACUUCCUGAGAGUGUAGCAGAGAAAAUGCGUUACACCCAGGAUGAAUUUCUCCCUCGCCUGAUGAGAUACAGACAGCUGAGUGCUGCUGAGGAAACCCUGCUGGACUACUUUGAUGAGCUUGAGAUUCACCCAGAACAUAUCGAGGUCACUACAGACGAUCCAGACUACACAGACGUGAUGAAGAGAAUCAUCGAGAUGGUUGGGAUUCCCAAGAACUAUGGCCUGAGUCCAGAGGAGCAGGAGGAGGAGGACAGAAAGAGAGAAGAAGAGAGGAAGCAGAAACUGGCUGCAGCAACUGCUGAGAGGAAACUCAGGAAUGAGGCUGCCCUGGCUGAGAUGGCUGCUCAGUAUGAGGAGUGGCAGAAGAAUUUGUCCGAGGUGAAGAGACAGGAGCACGAGCUGCUGGAAGCUCACUCUCUUCCUCUGAGGAACUACCUGAUGAAGUAUGUGAUGCCCUCGCUCACUGAGGCCAUGUUAGAGUGCUGCAAGAUCAAACCAGAGGACCCCGUCGACUUCCUGGCUGAACAUCUUCUACAGACCAUCCAACAAGAUUAA